AUGUUUCAAAAUAUCCUUCGUCAUCUGCAAGCCCCUGCACUUAGCACCUCCCAUCUACCGAAUCGCCGCCCGUUCUCAUAUGUGUCGAGGCACUCAGAUUUUCCAGCAAGCUUGUAUCAAUUUCAGAUACACCGCGACUCGAGGCUUUAUGACAGAGCGUUUAAACAAGACGACUGGGAAUACGAGGAUGGAAUAGAAGUUACUGCGGACGGCUUAGUGCACCCAAAUAUAACUCCGGAUUGUAUGCGAACACAACUUCACAUUAUUGAUCUGCUAACUUAUUCAGUUUCGAAUGGUGCAUUGUUCAUGCCAAAUACGCGCUACAUGCAAGAGAUCACACGGAGGUCGAAUGAUUAUUAUUUGGAAGAUGCAGAAAGUGGUAAGCCCGCCGCCGAAGCUCAUUAUUUGUGUAUACCCAAAGGCACAACUAUUCCAAAGUCGUUGAUUCUUUUCCGUGAACGUACUUCUCGCUUCUCCCUACAACCCGCGCAUCCGAUGUCACUUGAAGGCCUCAAUAAAACCUUGACUCAUUUUUAUCUCGAUUUUGGGCGCACCUUCAAUCCAGACUCUUGGCUUGAUAGGAACCCCUACCAUGAGGCGUUUUCUGAUUACGAGGAAGAGUGGAUGAACCACUGA